AAUUUCAAGUCUAUUGGUUUUGCUCUUAUGAACAAGGCAGACAGAGACCGGUGCUGCCCUUACCAUGGCUGUUCCCCGCUCCAAGACAGCUCCCCACUCUCUGGACAAGGCGCUAUACACACAACGGCCAGGAAUAACAAGGGCCAAGUCAACCCUAGAUGAUCUGCCACAGUUGCGGUUGAAAGGUCUUGUGAGGUUGGGUUAUGGGUCGAAUGUACCAGGGACGGCCGUGUCGCCGCUGAGUACGCCACGAGACAGGGAGGAUCCGUUCAAUCUUGCAGGGUUCUUUCCGGCGUCGUACAGUGCGUCUCCUACGACCGAGAAAGAGCGGUGGGAAUGGUUACGGCAGGAGGAGGACGAAUAUGGUGCGAAGCGGGACGCGGUGAGCUCCGUGUACUCGUUUUCGGAGGAAGGUGAUGGGUCGCUGCCUACGACUCCGGGGCCCGCUGGGUUCGCACGGAUGGAAGAAGACAAGGCUGAGGAGGCCAUCAAGGGAGAGGACAAAAUGGGCAUCUUGUCACUUGAUACAUAUUUUGCGACAAAAGAGAAGAACGGGGUGUAUAGAGAGGAUAGGCUGUAUUCUCCGUACUCGGACGAGGAAGCGGUCGACCACGAGUCACUCUACCUCGCCCUGAGUGCGCGGCGUCAGACGGAGAACGAGAAGUCUGAUACGAUGCUGGCGACGAGUGCGGUUGGAGAGCUGUUCUUGUCGACGAGCGGGGAGGAAGAGGACAGGGAGGGGAGCACGAGCUGGACGAGGGCAGUGCGGCGGAGUGUGCAGGUGUUGACGAGAGGCAUCUUGUAGGACUACGAACUGAAGUAAAAUGUACUGCACGACACGAAUAGACUCGGACCCCGGGGAUGUGUGCGCGGGGUCUCUGGUGGGGACACAAAUACACAAAAGAUCUCACGGGGUGCAGCGUGGGAAAAGAGAGGGAUGAUUUUUUCUCGUCGCUCUCGCUGAAACUCUCACAGACGUCUGUUUUUUCCC